CUGCCAAUGUUGAUAAGAUGCAUUUGGUUGGGAAUAGCAGUUUCUUGAGGACCUUAAAUUUGGCGUGCCUAAUAUAAUAGGUUUCGAAGUCUUUUGCCAUUCCUUGUUUGCUUAGGCAAAGAGCAUCAUGCAACAUCAAAUAAUUCCCAAGGAACUGGAAGACUUGCAGAAAAAGAUCCUGAGCGAGGCCGAUGUGUUUAAGGGGUUGCAAAAUGAUUUUCAGAAAGGGCUCCGUGUUCGUCAAACUCUCGAAGCACAGCUGCAUGAAAACGAGUCAGUUUAUUCGGAGUUAAAUCUUGUCAAAGAUGAUGCUAAGAUUCUCAAAUUGGUCGGGCCUGUAUUGAUCUCUCAGAGUCAAGAUGAUGCGAAAAAGAACGUACAGAAACGAAUUGACUACAUCAAUGCGGAAGUGAAACGUCAAGAGGCCACUCUGAAGGAACUUGAACAAAAGCAAAGUUCACAAAAGGAAACCAUACGGAAGCUCCAGCAGACAUUUCAAGAAAAGAUGGAAGCUUUGCAACAACAAAAUUAGCUCAACUGUCAUUAAUGUUAUUGAGUUCUAUAAACAAACGCUACCAGCAUUACUUAUGAUUUAAUAAAUAAACACCUCUCAAGUAACUAUUCAACAGUGA